AUGACCAAACCGACAGAUUCAUCGCCCGAAGGCAUAGGGGCUUCAGACAUAGCUCGAGACUUCUACCCAGACACAGCUACUGUAUCAUUAUCCGACCGUUCCAGAGAAAAUACCCAAUGGUUCAUGGAUAAGCACAUGCGUCAAGUGGCUCGACUAAGUGCCAAAGAAAGACGAAUCAACAUGAUGACGGCCGAGAAUUGGCUAGCUCGAUCUGAGCUCAUCAAUGCUUAUAAACGUCAUAUCGGAAUGGAUCUUUCUCCCUCCCACCUUUCCUACGCGGAUGGGUUGGGUGGGGAUGUAGAGCUUCUCCAAGCAGCUGCAGGAUUCUUCAAUCGAUACUUUCAUCCACAUACCGCCGUCGAACCACAACAUAUUGUGACAGGUGCGGGGUGCAGCUCCUUAUUGGAAGGCGUUCUGUAUGAUGUUUGUGAACCGGGAGAUGGGGUGUUGAUUGAGACGCCGUUCUGGGGUGGGUUUGAGACUACCUUUGUGCUUCGCGCAAAAGUCCAAGCCGUCCAUGUUCAAGUGCCUUCGGACCCAUCUGUCCGAGAUGUGGGUAUCUCAUCAUAUAUCUCCGCCUAUGAGACCGCUAUGGCAAAUGCAAAGUGCACGAUCAAGGCCAUUCUAUUCUGCAACCCACAUAAUCCGCGAGGCAGUCUCUAUUCAACAGCGUUGAUAGAAGCCCUGUUGCAAUUUGCGGAACGAAAUAAUCUGUAUUUCCUUUCGGACGAGAUUUAUGCAUUGUCGAUUAUCAAUUCCUCCCCAUCGAAUACUGCUGCUGGGAGAUUUGUGUCAGUUCUAGAAAUGGACCUGGCCCAACUGAGAGUGCUCCCAGCCAGAGUGUGUGUACUGUAUAGUAUCAGUAAAGACUUGGGGAGUAGCGGUUUACGUCUGGGAUUUGCAAUUGUACAAUCUCAUCCUGAUCUGCGGCUCUCGUUAGGCAUUUCGAAUCACUCCAAGACGUCGACUCUAACGUCAGUAGCAACUACAGCACUACUAAGAGACGAGGAGGGAACCAUGAAUUCAAUUCUCGAACAUAGCCGCCUGCAACUAUGGAGGGCAUCGCAAAUCGUGGUGGAGUUCCUCUCAUUCCACAAUAUUCCCUUCUAUGCACCCGCUGCCGGAGUAUACAUCUGGGCCCGUCUGGGGUACUUGGAAGACACCUGGAAGGGUGAGGCAGACCUUAAUGACAAGAUGGAGGCGGCCGGGGUUUCCGUUGGGGCAGGACGUGGUUACAAUGAAGCGCAGCCAGGAUGGUUCCGGAUUACAUUCGCCCUUCCGGAAACCGAGCUCCUGGAAGGCCUGAGGAGAAUUGAAGAUGCGAUGGGCUCCGAACACAAGUGGCAAGGGAAAGGAAUACAUUUAUUAAACCAAGGUCGAAGAUUUACAGCGGAGAGGGAGAUAUCCUUUACUAGGUCAUGGGUUGCUUUGCCUUUUGUGCAGCUGUGGUCUUACAUUCAACAGUACUUUUAUACUUUCUAG